AUGCUCAAUUCAAGCAUACCAUCAAGCUUAUGGGUUCUGCAAGAUAUGCUGAAUCUUAACUUGUCCUCAAAUUCAUUGAGUGGGGUUUUACCUCAAAAGAUGAGUAACUUAGGAGCAGCAAUCUCUAUAGACCUGUCCAUGAAUCAGCUGUCAGGGUCUAUUCCAAGCUCCAUUGGAAAGUUACAGAGUUUGGCUAAUCUGUCUUUGGCAAAUAACAGACUUGAAUGUUCUAUUCCAGUUUCAAUGGGAAGCAUGUUAAGUUUGGAGACUCUUGACUUGUCUCACAACAACCUCUCUGGCUCAAUUCCAAAGUCUUUGGAAGAACUUCAACAUCUCAUCUACUUUAAUGUCUCUUUCAAUGAUUUGAGUGGAGAAAUUCCAAGUGGUGGUUCUUUCAGAAACUUCACUAUGGAUUCUUUCAAGGGCAAUGAGGCAUUGUGUGGAAUUCAGAGUGAGAGCAAUUUGCUUGGCGCUAGGAGUUCUUGCUCUGUGUACAAAGGAAUUCUUAAAAAUGGGAAAGUUGUCGAUGUCAAGGUGUUUAAUCUUCGGUUGGAAGCUUUGGAGUAUCUUCAUGGUGGCUAUUCGGCCCGUAUUGUCCACAGUGACUUGAAGCCAAAUAAUGUAUUGUUAGACGAAGAUAUGGUUGCUCGUGUAAGCGAUUUUGGGAUAGCAAAGUUGCUAUGCGGUGGAGAUAGCAUGGUGUUAACCAACACCCUAGGAACAUUGGGUUACAUUUCUCCAGACGGCAAUGAGUUAUCUGGUAAUAUUCCUGUCUCCAUCAAAAAUCUGCAUAAGCUUCAAGAAUUAUAUUUUGGUGAUAGCAUGUUGCAAGGCCUCAUUCCAGAGGCUAGUGUGGCUAGUCUGUCUUUGGCAAAUAACAGACUUGAAGGUUCUAUUCCAGUUUCUAUGGGAAGCAAGCUAAGUUUUGUGACUCUUGACUUGUCUCAUAUCAACCUCUCUGGCUCAAUUCCAAAGUCUUUGGAAGAACUUCAACAUCUCAUCUACUUUAAUGUCUCUUUCAAUAAUUUGAGGGAGAAAUUCCAAGUGAUCGAAGAAGAAAAGGUGGAACGAGCUUCAUUUAUUGCUUUUGGGGUCGUGGCUUUCUUCUCAAUUAAAGAAUCUCUUAUAUAUUAUGAACUUCUGCAAGCAACUGAACAAUUCAAUGAGAGCAAUCUACUUGGCACUGGGAGUUCUUGCAGUGUCUACAAAGGAAUUCUUAACAAUGGGAAGUUCAAGGCGUUAGUAAUUGAAUAUAUGUCCAAUGGAAACCUUGAGAAAUGGUCGUAUUCCCACAACUAUUUCUUGAAUUUCAUGGAAAGAUUGAAUAUAAUUAUUUAUAUAGCAUCGGCUUUGGAGUGUCUUCACAGUGGGUAUUCAACGCUUAUUGAUCACAUUGACUUGAAGCCAAGUAAUGUCUUGUUAGACGAAGAUAUGCUUGCCCGUGUAAGCGAUUUUGGGAUAGCAAAGUUGCUAUGCGGUGGUGAUAGCAUAGUGUUAACCAACACCCUUGGAACAUUAGGAUACAUUGCUCCAGAUUCCAACUUGCUAAUGAACGUUGACAAAGAACAUGGAGAUAAAAUAGUGGAAUUCACAUCAUCCAUAUUGGAGUUGGCCUUAAAGUGUUGUACAGAUUCGUCUUAUGAAAUGAUUAAUAUGAAAGAAGCUCUAGCACAGCUUCAGAAACAUGGGUUUUUGAGAUGA